ACGUCAUAUCCGCUCCCACUUCCGUUAUACCCAUGUGUUUCCCAAAAAUGUGGACAUUAUUUUAACAUAUUACGUACAAUUCAGUAAUUGUUAAAUAGCUGUUUGGAAUAUGGGGAAACUGAAUGUAGUGUUGUUGAGAUACCUGUCUCGGGAUGACUUCCGGGUGCUCACGGCGGUUGAGAUGGGGAUGAAGAAUCAUGAGAUUGUUCCUGUGAGUCUCCUUUCUGCCAUUGCAAGUCUCAAACAUGGCGGUUGCAACAAGGUCCUCCGAGAGCUCGUCAAACACAAACUUGUGGUCUACGAACGUACUAGAAAUGUGCAGGGCUACAAGUUGAAUUAUGGAGGAUAUGACUACCUAGCCUUGAAGACCUUGUCCUCUAGAGAUGUGAUUGCUUCAGUUGGAAAUCAGAUGGGAGUAGGAAAAGAGUCAGAUAUUUAUAUUGUGGCAAGUCCAGAUGGGGAACAAUACGCUCUGAAGCUUCACAGAUUGGGUCGUACAUCCUUCAGGAACCUAAAGAAUAAGAGAGAUUACCACAAGCACAGGAAAAACAUGUCUUGGCUCUACCUCUCUCGCCUCUCUGCUAUGAAAGAGUUUGCCUACAUGAAGGCACUUUAUGACAGAGGCUUCCCUGUACCAAAGCCUGUGGACUAUAACAGACAUGCAGUAGUGAUGGAGCUCAUCAAUGGAUAUCCACUGUGUCAGGUGCAUGAUCUGCAAGAUCCGCCUGCCCUCUACAGCGAGUUCAUGGAGCUCAUCGUCAAACUGGCAAAUCACGGCCUGAUUCAUGGAGAUUUUAACGAGUUCAAUCUGAUGCUAGAUGACCAGGACCACAUAACUAUGAUUGACUUCCCUCAGAUGGUGUCCACCUCUCACACUAAUGCUGAAUGGUAUUUUGACCGUGAUGUCAGAUGUAUUCGAGAAUUCUUUGCAAAACGAUAUAAUUUCGAGAGUGAGCUCUUCCCAACCUUCAAAGAUAUCAGACGUUCAUAUUCUCUCGAUGUUGAGGUCUCAGCAAGUGGCUUCACCAAAGAUCUAGAAGAAGAUGCUGCAUUGCUCCAUCCAACCGGACCUGAAGGAGAGGAAGAUGAUGAUGAGGAUGAUGAUGAUGAUGAUGAUGAUGAAGAGGAUGGCAAUGAAGAGGAGACCUGUGAGGAAGUAACGCAAGAAGAGCAGAGUGUGGACGUGACAGAAUACAAUAAGGCAGUGAUGGAACUCGAGGGCCUGAAGGUUAGCGAUGACAUGCGGGAGGCAGAAGAGGAAGCGAAUGAAACGGGAGGCAAGGAGGAGAUGAAUGAAAAUCGUAAGGAAGACGACAUGGCUCCUGAAGCAAGAACCAAUGACAAGACAGUGAAUGUCUCGGAAGAAGAGCUGGAGGAUGAGUUUCCAGAACUGUCUGACCUGUCUCCAUCCAACAAAGAGUUUAAACCUUUCAGAGACUCAGAAAGCCUUCUACACAUAGAUGAGCACAGGAGGAGGAGGACUGACAGUGAGGCCACAGUGGGUAGCACAGGAAGCUGCUCAACCAUCCCACCAGAGGUGGUUCGUCAGAAGGUGCGAAGGCAGCUCACCAAACAACAGAAGUCGGUGUUGAGGAGACGUCUGCAAAAGGGAGAAGCCAACCUGGUGACCAAAUCCAGGAGAGAGAAUCAAAUUAACAUCAAGUAUAGCCUGGAAAGCGACGCCUUCUGGGGGUGAAUGUUCAUCUGGUACUCAUAUGCCAUACCCACUGUUUUCUACUGUGGAAAAAUAACAUGAAACAAACUGUAUUUGUAUUCAAAAUAUUAUUACUUUUUACUCAUUAUUGGAUCCUAUACCAUGUCAUGAUGGAAUCUGUAGCUACGCCACAAGAUCAUCAAUGGAAUUUAAGAUGAAAGGGUUGAAAUUUCACAUCCACCCAUACUCCAAAACCUUACAAACAAGCAUGAAGAAAUAAACAUGCUCCAGAACCA